CAUGUUGGAAGUGUAACUUGGUUUGCUCUGUUUUCAGUCUUUCUUCGCUCCUCAAGUCCUAAUGGUGUUUCUGACUGGAAUGGCAGCGUUCCGAGGGGACAGUUUCCACGACAUCAAGCAGAAGGUCAAACAGGACUACCUUACAAUUCUGAUGACAAAUUACAAGGUGUGGCCGGCUGCACAGCUCAUCAACUUCUACCUCAUCCCACUUCAACACAGAGUUCUGUUUGUCAACUUCGUGGCCCUGGGAUGGAAUACAUACAUGGCCUGGAUGUCAGAGAAGAAGUGAGGUCGGGUCGCCCUCUCUCAAGAUUGGGCAUCAAGGGACUUACCUGACUAAAUUCCAGGUUCUACCCUUGCCUAAAUUUGCUGGAAUUUCUGGGCUCUUUCAUAUCCAUAUUCUGAUCGAUAAUCAAAAUCUAUAUUGUAAUAAAACAGGUCUUACUUCAUGAAGUGUGUCAGAUCAGGUGAGCACCUUGAUUAAAAACAUGAAAAGAUUUAGAAAAUAUCUGUUAACGCCGAGUUGGCAGUACACAUGCUUUGCAAUUCCUGCAGUUGACAGAAAUCUGCACGACAGUUUACAAACCGGAUGU